AUAAGGAAACCUGUACAGGAUGGCUUUCUUUGGGAUAACAAACCUGGGGUAUCAAAAUCCCAUAGGGGAUCAAAUGAUAACCCCCAGAGGAGCGCCGUGCACACAAGUGGCAGGACUAAUCCCCAACAUGGGGGCUCACGGCUGGCCUCACCUCACCCCAGGUGCACUGACACCCAGCAUUUCUCCCACAGCAGGGACACCAACCUUGGAAGGCAGGAACAGUACAGAGAGAUGGUCAAACGGAUUCAGAUACCGACAUGUGAGUUCAGGGAACCCCAAUCAGCUGUACCGCGUGCCUCUGACGGACAACCAGCGAUACGGCUGGUCGGUAACCAAGACUGAGGGCCCUGAACCCUGGACCCAAAUGAAACGUUUUCCCCGUCAGAACAGUGAAAUGACCAAUUUUGUCAAAGCCAUGAUGCUGACGGACCCCGACUUCAGUCUGUUUUGAGGCUUGUCCUGAACCAUACGAGCAUUGUCUGCAAUGCCAUUCUCUUAGAUCAAAUAGGGCUCUCUCUGCAUAUAAAGGUGAAGGUUUGAAAACGUUCAGGUUC